UUUUGUGGUGGUGGUGCGGUGCCUGUAUAUUUCUGGAGCAACACCCUCACAGCGAGCUAAGAAAGAAGCACAAAUUUUACAAUCCACACAUACUGUACCUCAGAGAAAGCUCUACUUUACAGAGAGACAAUAAUACUGCACCUUAGCUCGAUAUCCCAGAUACUAGAUAAGCUUCACUGUCAUCUCUUUGCCCUCUCACUCUUUCUCUUCUCUCUGAGUCUUCUCCGAUCUCGACUCUUAUCUUCUGCUAUGGAUCCAUUUGAUUUGGUUCGCAAAGGUUUUGGAUAAAGCCUCCUGCUACUCAAGGUUAUUCUUUGUGUCAGUGUUUGUAUAUGCAUGUAGAGCUUUUUGUUUCUAUUUUGGCAUAGAAAUGAACUUGUCCAAGAAAGGGUCUCAAACCAACAAUACAAAGGCAACGGCUUUGAAUCCCAAUGCAGCAGAAUUUGUUCCCUUUUCCCUCAGAUCAUCAUCUUCACCAUCUGGAAGUAAGUCAAACACAGUAGCUGCUGCUGCAAGAUUUCCUGCUUCUGGGACCAUAGGGAAAGCGGUGCUUGACCGAUCGGAGUCAUCUGUUUCUAAUGCUUCUGAUGAUGAGGGCCAUCAAUUCUGGCACCACCAGCUUCCCGAUGAUAUCACCCCUGACUUUAACGUCAUGAGUGAAGAUGAGCCUCAAGCACUUGGAGGGAUCUCUUUAGCAGGCUUGUCUUUACAUGACAGCAGUGAAGUGACAAAGUUCCCUGUUUCUUUGGGCAGUGGAUACGUAUUGCCUGAGCAACAGGAACCAUCUCCUCGACAUAUAAAUGGUAGCUUCGGUGAAAAGAUGAGACAUGUUGCUAGUUCUUAUGGAGAAGAUCCAACUUCAGCUAGUUAUUUGAAUUUGCCUACUAAGCCUUGGGACAAGCAAUUCGUUAGCAGUGAUCAGCUUCUUGGCAAUGGUAGGGAGGUACAUCCUUACAAUGGGAAUUCAAGACCCGGAUUUAUGAAUGAUGUGUUAGGUGUGCAUGCGAUAGUUGAUGAUACUGACAUGAACCCUGUGGAGUUUUUGGCUUCACAAUUCCCUGGGUUUGCUGCUGAAAGUCUUGCAGAAGUUUAUUUUGCUAAUGGAUGCGAUUUAAAUCUCACUAUUGAGAUGCUUACUCAACUAGAGCUUCAAGUCGAUGGUGGUUUCAAUCAGAAUAUGAACUCAAAGGCAUUUUCAGCUCCCAGCUCGAGUGCCCUGGACUUUCCCACACUUCCUGUGCAAGAUAGUCAGAAUGGUCCUUCAAAAUAUGCUGGAGAUGAUCUUCAGCAGAAUGGCAAUCCGUAUCGAUCUUCUAAUAAAGAGAACAUGCUUUUAUUCAAGUCCAGUUCUUCCAUCCCAUCUAGAGGUGGUGCAUUAGAUUUUGCAUCAGCUGUCAGGAAGUUGUCAUCUCAGGAUUCUGGCGUAUGGAAGUAUGACAGAAAUGGUUCUGCUGAUUCCACAGUUGGCUCAAGCAGAAGUUCUCAUGUUUUAGCUAGCUCAUAUGGUAGUGGGAAUGGGAGAGGUAUUUUCGCAGAUAGGGUGGAAAAUCGUGGUUCAGCUCGAGCAGCUCCUGUCUGGCUUGAAACUGGAGAGGCCGUGGCAAAUAUGUAUUCUGAGUUGCGGGAAGAAGCUCGUGAUCAUGCGCGAUUACGGAAUGCCUACUUUGAACGGGCACAGCAAGCGUACAUCAUUGGAAAUAAGGCUCUAGCAAAGGAAUUGAGUGUGAAAGGGCAGCUGCACAAUAUGCAUAUGAAAGCAGCCCAUGGGAAGGCACAGGGAUCUAUUUAUCGCCUGAGGAACCCAGUUGGUUCAGAGAUGCAGGCAGAGGGGAGGGGACAUGAGCGGAUGAUAGACCUUCAUGGUCUGCAUGUAAGUGAAGCCAUUCAUGUGCUAAAGCAUGAAGUAAGUGUUCUGAGGAGCACAGCCCUUGCAGCAGAACAGCAUUUGCAGGUUUAUAUAUGUGUUGGAACAGGUCAUAUCACCAGGGGUUCUCGCACUCCAGCAAGACUUCCAAUUGCUGUACAGCAAUACCUACUUGAGGAAGAGGGCCUUGACUACACUGAACCGCAGCCAGGGCUGCUUCGAGUAGUGAUCGUCAGUAAAGCUGUGAGUACGCCUGCUCUUCAAAGCGGAUUUUCUGGCAGAGAUGAAGUAAUUUUCAGGCAUUAUCUGAAUGGGUUGGAAGCGCUGUCAUCGGAGCAUAUAUUAUGCGCCCUAGAGAUGGCCUGCGCCCACUCCAUCCGAGAAAUGCUCUUACAAUCCAAUCUCAAACCCCUUUCUAUCGUCUCCACCUCUGCCAAAUCCCUAACCUCUUACUCUCUUUUCCUUUCCUUUCUAUCCCAUUUUUCCUCUCUCUUAGACCCUAUCUCUCUUUCUCGCUCACCUUCUCCUUCUCCCUCUCAAUGCUUCUCUCUCCUCCGCACCGCCGUCUCCUCCUCCAACUUGCCGCUCGGCAAGUGCGUUCAUGGAGGUAUUAUAACCUCUGGCCAAACUUCAGAUCGUUUCUUGAUCAACAACCUCAUUUCUAUGUACUCUAAAUGUGGGUCCCUCUCCUCCGCUCGCCAAUUGUUUGAUAGAACUCUUGACCGAGACCUUGUUACCUGGAAUUCCAUUUUAGCUGCCUAUGCGCAAUCAGCUGAUUCUGAUUUAGACCAUGUUACAGAGGGUUUUAGCCUUUUUCGUCUUCUUCGUGAGUGUUUUGUUUCCACUAGUAAAAUGACUCUGGCUCCCGUGCUGAAGCUUUGCUUACUUUCUGGGUAUGUUUGUGCUUCUGAGGCAGUACAUGGGUAUGCAGUGAAAAUAGGUUUGGAGUGGGAUGUGUUUGUUUCGGGAGCCCUUGUGAAUAUUUAUUCCAAAUUUGGUUUAGUUAGCGAGGCUAGCGUUUUAUUUGAGAGAAUGCCGGAGAGGGAUGUGGUGUUGUGGAAUGUAAUGCUCAAGGCAUAUGUGGAAAGUGGUAUGGAAGAGGCGGCACUUUGUCUCUUCUCAGAGUUUCAUCGGAGUGGCUUACGUCCUGAUGAUGCUAGUGUGUGCUGUGUUCUCAAUGGGAUAUCUGAUAUUUGUUCCGAUACAGGAAAGAAGUACAUGGAGCAGAUUCAAGCCUAUGCAACUAAACUAUUUUUCUAUGAUGAUAACUCAAACGUGGUUAUGUGGAAUAAGAAAUUGUCAGAGCAUCUCCAAGCUGGUGAAUAUUGGGCUGCAGUUGAUUGUUUUACAAAUAUGAUUAGAUCAUAUGUGAAAUAUGACAAUGUGACAUUAGUCGUGGUAGUGGCUGCAGCUACUGGUACAGAUAACUUAAGGUUGGGGCAACAUAUUCAUGGCAUGAUUUUGAAAUCAGGUUUUGAUUCUUUGGUUUCUGUUACGAAUAGUGUUAUCAAUAUGUACUCCAAGAUGGGAUUUGUCUCUUUUGCAAAGAAAGUAUUUACUGGCAUGAAUGAACUGGAUUUAAUUUCAUGGAACUCGAUGAUAUCAUGUUGUGCACAGAAUAAUUUAGAGAAGGAGUCAGUAAGUCUACUUAUAGGUCUAUUGCGUGAUGGCUUUCAGCCAAAUCAUUUCACAUUGGCGAGUGUGCUAAGAGCUUGCUCCUCAAUUGCAGAGGGCUUUCAUCUCAGUAAGCAGAUUCAUGUUUAUGCUAUAAAAACCUGUACAGUUGCUGAUAGUUUUGUUUCAACUGCUCUUAUAGAUGUUUAUUCGAGAAGUGGUUUAAUGGAAGAGGCAGAAUUUCUGUUCCAAAAUAAAAAUGAGUUUGAUUUGGUGACUUGGAAUACAAUGAUGUUCGGGUACAUAACUAGUAAUGAUGGUCAUAAAGCAUUGGAACUUUUCGCUCUGAUGCAUAAAAGGGGAGAGAGUUCUGAUGAGAUCACAUUAGCGACUGCAGCUAAAGCCUGUUGUUGCCUGGUGAGGUUGGAACAAGGGAAGCAAGUUCACGCUCAUGCAAUAAAGUUAGGUUUGGAUUCAGAGUUAUUUGUAAGUAGUGGUAUUCUUGAUACGUAUAUCAAAUGUGGAGACAUGGUAAAUGCACACUUGCUGUUUAAUGAUUUUCCUAAGCCUGAUGAUGUUGCAUGGACAACUAUGAUUUCAGGAUGUGUUGAAAAUGGAGAUGAAGACCGUGCACUUUCUAUAUACCAUCAGAUGAGACUCUCUGGAGUCCUACCUGAUGAAUAUACCUUUGCUACCCUUAUCAAAGCCAGCUCUUGUCUAACAGCAUUGGAACACGGGAGACAAAUUCAUGCAAAUGUGAUCAAGCUGGAUUGUGCUUCAGAUACUUUUGUUGGGACUUCACUCGUUGAUAUGUAUGCCAAGUGCGGGAACAUAGAAGAUGCAUAUUUUUUAUUUAAAAGAAUGGAUGUGAGGAACAAUGUCUUGUGGAAUGCUAUGUUGGUGGGUCUAGCUCAGCAUGGACAUGGUAAAGAAGCCCUUCACCUCUUCCAAGUCAUGAAAUCUCAUGAUAUUCAACCAGAUGGGGUUACCUUUAUUGGUGUCCUUUCUGCCUGUAGCCAUUCUGGGUUUGUUUCUGAUGCUUAUGGGCAUUUUUAUUCAAUGCAAAAAGAUUAUGGUAUCCAUCCUGAGAUUGAGCAUUACGCUUGUCUUGUUGACGCUCUUGGCCGUGCAGGGCUUGUUCAAGAGGCAGAGAAACUGAUCUUGUCAAUGCCCUUUGAAGCCUCUGCUUCAAUGUACAGUGCCUUGCUAGGUGCUUGUCGUGUUCUGGGGGAUAUGGAUACUGGAAAACGGUUGGCAACCCAGCUAAUGGCCAUGGAGCCAUCUGACUCAUCGGCAUACUUGCAGUUAUCUAAUAUUUAUGCUGCAGCCGACCAAUGGGAUGAUGCAACUAAUGCUAGAAGAACAAUGCAGAGGAAGAAUGUAAAGAAGGAUCCUGGGUUUAGUUGGAUAGAUGUUAGGAACGCAGUGCAUUAGUUUGUGGUUGAUGAUAGAUCCCACCCUGAGGCUGAUACAAUAUAUGAUAAGGUGGAGGAUAUGAUGAAAAGGAUCAAAGAUAAAGGUGAAGGAUAUGUUCCUGAUACAGAUUUUGUGCUGCUUGAUGUGGAGGAAGAGGAGGAAGAGCGUUCUCUAUAUUACCAUUGUGAGAAGUUAGCAGUUGCAUAUGGACUGCUGAGCACUCCUCCAUCCAGCAGGAUUAGAGUGAUAAAAAACCUCCGUGUCUGUGGAGAUUGCCAUUAUGCUAUCAAAUUCGUAUCAAAGGUCUAUCAAAGAGAAAUUUUGUUGAGAGAUGCAAAUCGCUUCCAUCGUUUCAAAGGUGGAAGCUGCUCCAGUGGUGAUUAUUGGUAAUCUUAAAAUUAAUAUCUUCUUGAUAAUCCUUCUACAAUGAAUUUUCUCUCUUUCUCUAGCAGCAUCACAACUCAGCCACUAUAAAAUGCUUGUUCAUUAUAGCCACUGAUUUGUUUUCAUGAAUAUAUUUAUCAAGCAAGAAAUAUUUGAGAAUGUUUAUUCAUCAACGGAAAGACCUAAGCUCUAAUCCAUCUGCUGGUCUUCAGUUUCUGCUUUGAAUAUGAUAUGCUUUUGCUAA